GAACAGUUGCAGUCAUGCAGUCAGUCUAUGGUCGUUGGACCACAGUGGAUUGUAUACAUCUACCAAUACUACGUUUGUGUUGUGUUUUGUGUCAUCAAUGAUCAUGGAGAAAUCAUUCAACUUCGAUGAAAAUACCUAUAAACUGUGUUACUACUCGCCACUCUCUCCUCAAAACGAAGAAGAGAGUGAUGACAUCAUCGUUAAUAACACAGACGAUGGCGGAAAAAGGAAAUUGCAGUCAAUUGAUCAAUUUUUUGAAGUGGCACCAAAAAUAAAAAGGAAGAAGCUGCUAUCGUCAACUGUGGCACGAGCCGCUAGAGAUGGUGUAUCAUACAUCUCUACAAAUUCUGAUGACGGAGACCAAGCGAUGCAUCUCAUAAAAAUUGAAAUGUAUGAUAUGAAGAAACUAUCCAAGAUUCCAACUAGUGAUCACUGGAAGCACGCUACCACGAGGAUUAAAUAUUACGUAAAGAAAAAUAAGGAUAGCAUCUAUGACAACACAAACGCCCUCGUAUACAAUAUUACAAAGACAAUAGCAGAAAUUGAAAAAGUGAAAAAAUACUUUUUUAACAAUGAUCAUUAGUUAAUGUGAUUAUGUUUUCUUAAAUUACUUCUAUGUACUCAUUAGAUUUUACAAAACUUUCCUAAUCUUAUGAUAGACUAUAAAUAUUGAACAUUUUUUUAAAUUGAGUAUCAGUUGCUCUACCAACACUUAACUGUUACUUACUGUGCUACAUACUUUCUUCUUUAUUAUAAAGAUGGAAAACUUUA